AAACCAUAACAACUCAACAGCUGAUAUGAGAAAGAUGGCGGCUGCGGCGGACACCGACUCCACAGGAGCUGGAGAUAAAAUCAAAGCAAUGCUACGCCGGUGCAGGGGUAGACCCAGACUGACAGACGCGGAUCGAGCUCAGCGGCGGCUGGAGUCUCGGAAGAAGUACGACGUGCGGCGCGUUUAUCUGGGAGAAGCGCAUCAAGUCUGGAGCGAGCUGCGCCGUCGCACGAGCCUGAGCGACGCGGGGCUCGCUGAGUAUUUAAUCCUGCUCGAUUCAGCGUACGGAGAAAAAUACCAGCAGAAACACGCCAAGAAGAAUGACGUUCCUGAACUGUGUAAUAGGAAAGGGAAGAAAGCAUCUGCCACCAGCUUACAAAAUCUAGUGAGCUGGUACCAAGAGCACUUCCAGUCCUGUCCGCAUGAACCUGAACUGCGGACGGUGGAGCCAAUGGUGGGUUUGUCUACAUCUGCAUUUUGGGAGUGUGUUGCUGGUCACUCAUUUGUGCAGUACCUGCCGUGGGCUGCAGGGGUCGUGUCAGAGUCAGAAGAAGAGGACAAUGUUAAAGAGAAAGAGGACAGCACUCCAGAGGCGAAAGCUGGGGUCACUGACAAAAUCAAUGCCAAACACAAGAAACCGCAAACCCAAGAGCUGCUACAAGUUUCAAUCAAUGACUUGGAAAGCGACAGUGACCAGUCAUCACAGCUGGGUCAUCAGACGACAUGCACAACCCUCGAUCAGCUCCCAGGAGCCCCUGCGGCCUACAGGGGCACACCCGCCUCCAAGCGCUGUCUAGGCAACCAGGCCGUGUGGGAGAUGGAGGUACUUAUGGACCGGGAAGCUCAGGCUACCCUGGCCGAGUCUGAUGGCAAAGCCACCGAUCAAGAAGCGGCCGGUGAGGCUGACCCUGUCGUGGAGCAGGCGGAUGGUUCGAGGACUUCAGAGCAUGCUGAAAAUUACGAGUGUGUGGUUGUCGCCGCACCGUUGACGGAGAGGCGAGAGGGGGAGGAUGGAGACGGUGGUAUUAGAGAAGAUGGAGAUGAGGAGGAGGGGGAAAGCAUGGCGUGCACACCGCUGGUGGCGGACCCAUCGCAAGGCGAGCUGUACGAGACUCACGACCUGCAGACGGUGAUGAGCGGCUGCGAGCUGCCAGAUCAACGCUCCACAUUAGGAGGAUCUCAGCUGAUCAUAAUUACGGGUCCCAGUUACGAAGCUUUGACGUCUGAAGGGAUUCAGCUGAACGUGUCUGGUGGAGAUGUGGAGGAGGUCACGUGUACCGUCAUCGGGGACGUGGCAUAUAAUCAGAUCCAAUCAGGAGCGACCUCACAUCCCGACAGCAUCGCAGAUAUGGUUGAGAAGCAGCUGUUGGAUACCAAUGAAGAAGCGCACUGUCCGAAGGAGCUCGAGAGAUCUCUGAAUAGAUCUAAGAGGAACCGUAGGGGUCCGGUCAUCGAAGCAGACGGCAUGUUAAAAAUGUUUCACUGUCCGUAUGAAGGCUGCAGUCAGGUGUAUGUGGCCAUCAGCAGUUUCCAGAAUCACGUGAAUUUGGUGCACAGGAAGGGUCGGACCAAAGUCUGUCCUCAUCCAGGCUGUGGGAAAAAGUUUUAUCUGUCCAACCAUCUUCACCGUCACAUGAUCAUACACUCAGGCGUGCGAGACUUCAUCUGUGAGACUUGUGGGAAGUCAUUCAAACGUAAAAAUCAUUUAGAGGUCCACAGACGAACACACACAGGAGAGACGCCGUUACAAUGUGAGAUCUGCGGGUAUCAGUGUCGACAGCGAGCCUCAUUGAACUGGCACAUGAGGAAACACACGUCCGAAACUCAUUUCAACUACACGUGCGAGCACUGCGGCAAACGCUUCGAGAAACUCGACAGCGUCAAGUUCCACAAACUCAAGAGCCAUCCGGACACACAGGGCAGCUGAGAAACUCCUCAGUAUGUGCAAGGAUUUAUUGACGGUACACUUGAAUAAAGUGUUUGCAUUGUGCACUUUUUGAAUUUUAAAAUUUUCUAAAAAAAUGUGCAGCUGGAUCAAUCAAAGGUCAGACUUAAGAGACUUGACACAUAUUCUUAAGCUGUUUACUGUGCUGGACACAGAAAUAGGAAACUACUGGAAUCCUAUAAAACUGAAUUAGUUUUUUUAUAUUUUAUGAUAUUAAUUGUUAAUUUCUAAAUGAUAUCUGAGACAUGUUGUGAGGUCAAAAUAAGACCACAUAUUUGAAAUGCUGUUAUGUUGAAAUAUGGCAAUGGACAGUCCUAGGAUGUAAAAGAAAAACAAAGGAUGUAUAUGAAUACAUAAAAUAAAGUAGUGGUAUGUGCUGCUGCACAAUUUUUAUGUCCUUAAUAGGUAUAGGAGAUUUGUGAUUCACAUAAAAUUCAUAAAAGCAAAAUAGAAUACAUAUGCGAGAUUCAUGAUAAUUUUUAAUCUAUGCAUUAGGUGUCUUUAAUUAUUGCAUUAAAGAAAAUGUCUACAAUCUAUUGUGUAUAUAUAUAUGUUAAAUUGAUGUGCAAAAGUCACCAUGCAACCAGAUGUUAUUUUUACACUGGUAUAAUGACCAUAUACAUUAUUUAUCAGUCUCUUUUAUUAAAAUACAAUCAGAAAUACAAGAAAUGUGUAUGCAAUAUUAAAAAACAGAAUUAUAAUAUAAAGUGUCAAGUAUUUGCUGUAAUCUCUUUCUAAACAUGAACAACAACAGGAACCCAUAGAUUAUCUUAAAGGGACACUCAUUGCGCAUUUUCCAGCUGCCCUAUAGUCACAACAUUUAAUUUUUACAGUUUUGGUAUCUAUUCAGCUCCAUCUCCAUGUCACUUUUAGCGUAGCUUGGCAUAAUGAUUUAUUACGCAGCACCGGAAAAAAGUCCCCUUGGUCACUUUCAAUAGCAAAGUACAAUUUUUUGGCGCUGCGUAAUAUCAUUGUGGCUCCUGCAGUCGUGUUACAGCAGCAAAGUCUUUACGCCGGAAUGAGAGUAUAGUUCCUAGCCAUAUCUGCCUAGAAAAUCACAACUUUUAAUUUUCUGUCAGUCUUAGUACACAAUGUAACUACAGGAGAGUCAAGUUUUAAAUAGGAAAAAUAUCCAAACUCUUUGAUUAUUUUUUUAGCGCGAUGCUAAUGGUCUAAUCAGUUUCAAUGGAUUGUGCUAAGCUAUGCUAAAAGUGCUAGCGCCAGACCCGGAGAUCAGCUGAAUGGAUUCCAAAAAGGUAAAAAUCAAAUGUUUAACUCUAGGGGAGCUGGAAAAUGAGCAUAUUUAAAAAAAAAAGUGGAGUGUCCCUUUAAGCAUAAGUGCAUUUGAUUAUACGUCUAUACUUCAGGCUUAAAUACUGACUUUUACCUGAAGAAGCCAUUUUCUUCUGGAAAUGGCUUUUUAUACAUUUGGUCUACGUAUUUAUUUUCUGAUUGUAUCUUGGGGGGUGGGUAAAUAUGGAUGAUCUUUGCUAAAACUACAGUACUAGUGCUGGUUAUAGACUUUUACACAGUAUUGUAAAUUCAAAUUAACUCGACCCCUUAACUUAUCUAUAUGUGCACAUUUAAAUGCAACGUGUCGUUUGAAUACGAAAAUGCAAAUGAAACAUUGCAUUUAAAUGUGCACAUAUGUAUGCCUACAAGUAGACAGUAUGCAGUAUUUAA